AUGCAAGAAGUUGAUUACUUGGGCCAUAUCAUUUCUGGUUCUGGUGUCAAAGCUGAUCCUUCUAAGCUUGAGUCCAUGGUUGAAUGGCCCAUUCCAAAAUCCUUGAAAGGCUUGAGAGGAAUUGUCUCAAUUGGAUUGGAGGCAUUUCAGGCUUUUCAGAAAUUGAAAGAGGCUGUUACUAAUCCACCAGUACUUCAAUUGCCUGAUUUUUCUAAAAGCUUAACCAUAGAAUGUGAUGCUUCUGGUAUUGGUUUGGGAGCUGUAUUCAUGCAGGAGGAAACUCAACAGAAAUGGCUUUCCAAGCUAAUAGGCUAUGAUUUCACCAUUGAUUACAAAAGAGGGAAGGAAAACAAAGCGGCCAAUGCCCUUUCCAGGAAGUCUGAAGAGCAGUCAGCAACCGUAGCACUCAUUACCUUUCCUACUUCUAUGAGGAUAGAGGAGUUAAAACAAAGCUAUCAGCUUUGCCCGUUCACUAUGGACAUUUAUGAGAAGUUACAACAAGGAUAUGAGGGUCCUAAACAUUUAAGGCUUGCUAUUAAGGAAGGGGAAGAUUGUGGUGCUGGCCUCUUGCAGCCAUUACCUGUACCUUCUUCACCAUGGGUAGAAAUUUCCAUGAAUUUUAUUGAAGGUUUACCUUCCUCAGGGGGUUAUACUAUAGAGAUCCAAUCUUUACUAGUCAUUUCUGGAAUGAGUUGUUUAGAUUGCAAGGCACUUCACUCAGUUUCACUUCUGCUUACUGCUUAUCACCCACAAUCCAAUGGGCAAACUGAAGCCUUGAAUAAGGUUGUUGAAGCUUAUUUAAGGUGUUAUACUAGUGACAAGCCUAAGGAGUGGAGUUCGUGGCUUCCUUUGGCUGAAUGGUGUUACAACACCAAUCAUCAUUCCUCAAUUAAAAUCUGUCAUUUUGAAGCAUUGUAUGGCUACUUACCUCCCAGAUUAGUUUCUUAUGUGGCAGGAACUUCCAUCAAUCUUGCAGUAGAUCAACAACUCAGAUCCAGAGAGCAGCUUUGGUUGAUGUUGAGGAAAAAUCUAUUGCAGUCCCAGAACAAGAUGAAGGAGUUUGCAGACAGGAGAAGAAUUGAGAGGGAAUUCCAAAUCUUGGAGAGGAUUGGGACAGUAGCUUAUCGACUUGAAUUACCUCCUUCUACAAAUAUACAUCCUGUGAUACAUGUCUCUUGCUUGAAGAAAAAGUUGGGACAAAAUGUCAUACCACUUCCUACACUGCCUCCUGCAGAUUCUCAGGGACAAGUUCAACCUGAACCUGAGUUGAUCUUGCAAAAGAAGGAUGAAGAAAAUCAGAAACCAUGCUAUCACUGA